ACUCCGACGCCGGCGCUGAUUCAGUUGCGAACUGAGUGUUAAUCUCUGAUAACCGACCACCGAGAUGCUUCUAUAGCAUUUAGUGUCUUGUGAAUACUUCAGUGGUAUUUAAAUUAAUUGUGAAACCAUUUAAUGGACUUGUAUAGCAAUGCAAGAAGAUAAGUUUGCAACUACCGACUACGAUAAGAGAAUCCAUACAAUAUUCUGCAACAAAGAGGAGAAAACGUGAGUAAGUAAAUAUUUGUAAUGAUAAGAUGUUCAAAUAUUCUUAUGGUGCUUAAAAUAUAUCAGUAACAAUAGUCAAAGUGAUGAGUGAACAUGAUACUCUCUUAAGAACAAGAGGUGAUCUGAAGGUGAUGAAUAAUUCAGUGUAAGAUAUAUUAAACGAUAUCAUUUUUCCUUUAUAAAAUACCAGUUAAAUUCAGCUUUCCAUCGAAAGGUUGGAAGUAUAUUGUUUUGUUUUGCUUUCACUGCAUUUUUUGGUAUUUACAUUAAAGUAUUGUCUAUCUAUCAGUUUAUACAUGAAGCGCGUAGUUAGCAUUUUCGGUCUGUGACGUGGAACUCAAGCAAUUUUCAUUAGGACCGAUAAUAGGAUGGGUGACCAAUGUUUCAGAAGACACUUUAAGUGUAUGUUAAUGAAAGUAAUUAUCAUCACCUGAAUCAAACUGAUUAGGCAAUGGUGAGUCAUGACCCAUUGCGAACUGGUGGGUGUUAACGACUGCAGAUGCAGCCAAAAUCAAUAGCUUAACGUGCUUUCCGAAGCAAAGAGGAGCUCGAGAUAAUAAAUUUUUGAUCACCCAUCCUAUAACCGGCCCUUCGAAGGUUGCUUAACAACCGUAUCGCAGACCGAGCAUACUAACCACUAAGCCGCCAAGUUCGCUACAAAAUACUACUACUUUGUAUUUUCUCAAUAUUAUGUUUGAGAUAGGGUAGCUCUUGAGAAACUAUAUUCUAUUUUAAAAUUUAUAAAAACAUGUUGAAUUGGUAUCUAGACGUUUAUAAUGUAUCUCGUCAUGACGCGAUAGAUUCUGAUUGACAAAAAUAACCUUAAUGAAAGUUAAAUUAAUUUGAAUGGGAUAUUUUGUAUCUAAAAUUAGCCUGUUAAUAAACUGCAUUUUUAAAAAGUUUCAUUCACCCUCAGUUUUCUUGCAACACUAUUUUUUAAGUAAAUAUGGUUGAAAAUUGAAUUUAAUCAAGAAAAACAACUAACAUUUGACUUUUAUUCAGGAUUUUUGGGAAUAUUUAGCGUCAGGUACAUCUCUUUUGAGUGUCCAACAGUAAUCAGCCAACAUGUUCGGACUCCACUUGCCUUGGUACCGUUUUUCCAUGUCGGAUAUAUCCUGAUGGAAUCGCUCGCCGUGUUCAUCACUAACGGCUCCCAAAUUUUGAGGAAAAAAAUCCAAAUGAGAGUGUAAGAAGUGUAUCUUGAGCGACAUACUGCAUCCCAUAUUCUUGUAAGCUGAUAAGAGGUUGUUGACCAACUCUUCAUAGUUUUCGGCCUUGUGGUUCCAAGAAAAUUACAAACAAUAUUUCGAAAACAUGUCCAUGCAGAUUUUUCGAUCGGAUUAAGUUUUUGUUCAAAUUCUUUAUCAGACAGUAGAUCUCUAAUUUGUGGUCCUACAAAUAUUCCCUCUUUUAUUUUGGCAUCGCUGAUUUUUGGGAAUUUCUGUUUCAACUAACAAAAACCAUCUCCAUUUCUGUCCAUAGCUUUGACAAAGUUUUUUAUGAGUCCGAGUUUGAUGUGCAAUGGAGGUAGCAAUACAUUAACGGAGGGUGAAGAACAUUUCGUUGACCUGGGAUAAGAGCGACUCGUUUAGGCCACUCCUUUUUAACAUAGUGAUUUUUUUUUAUCUCGACUCACUCACAGAUGAAACAACAAAAUUUCGUAUAUCCAAGUUGUAAUCCUAGUAAAAUAGCAAUUACUUUUAAGUCUCCACAUAUUUUCCAGGAGUAUUGAUUAUAUUUAAUAUGUUCAAGCAGUGACUUCAUAUUAUCAUAUGAUUCUUUCAUUUCAGUAGCAUGAGCGACCGGCACAGAAGGGUAUUUAUUACCAUUAUGUAACAGUACAGCUUUCAAGCUAACCUUUGACGAAUCUAUAAACAAUCGCCAGUCGGAUGUUUUAUAUUCAAUCGUCAGCUCGGCCAUAACUGAGGGAAUGUCACUACAAAACACUAAAUUGCCAUCUUGAGAAAAAAAACUUGAGAAGUGCGUGUGUCGUUUUCUGUAUACGGAUAUUCUGGUAUUUUUUUCUAGUAAAUUCCAAUCAUGAAGUCGGGAAGCCAAGAGUUCUGCCUGUCCUUUACUGAGAUCCAAAUCACGUACAAGGUCAUUGUCGUCGUUUUGAUUUACAAAAUGAGAUGCCGUAUUUGAAAUGCAAGUCGGAUCGGAAUCAGAAUUCUCAGAUACAUUUUCUUCAUCAAUCACGUCAUCCGUGUUUACUGGGGCUGAGGAGCAGGCAGAUCAUCACUGUGUGGGAUAGGUCUUUGAGCAGAUUGUAAAUUCUGUAAAUUCUGAAAAGAUAGUUCAUCUAGAUUUGUGAUUAAUUCCUUUGAUAGAAGUUUGGCAGAAAUAACAAUCUGAUACAUGUUCUUUCUGUUCAGACCAUAUCAUUGGAACUGCAAACGGCAUAUGACGAGAUCGUUUAGCCCAUGAUGUUAAUAAACUAACACAUUGUGCACAACAAACACUAGGAGUCCAGGUUUUGUCCAAAUUUCGCACCGGAAAGCCAAAAUAAUUAAAAUAACAGUUUUUAACUAAUGGUGUCAAAUUACGACGUUAACUUUUAAUAGUAAGUUGACCGCAAAUGUAACAAAAGUUAUCAGGAUGGUUUACAUACACUCUGGGCAUCUUAUUACGAUGUACAGAAACGACAAUCACAAAAAAAACCGUUUUUAUUUCAAUAAUUCAAUAUUAAUUUAUCGGAAACAUACGUCGGUAAGCAAAAUUCACGUAAUCAAUUUAGUUUAUGUUUAACGAAAACUGAGGGUGAUUGAACAAAACUAAGUAUGAGGUUUAUAUGCGGGUAGGUAGUAGUGUUUAAAAAACCGACUCGAUUUUGUUUAACAAAAAUACUGUUUACCAGUGAUAAACUCAUGAGUGAACUUUAUAAUUUUAUUUGUUUUAUACUACUAGUUUAGUAAGUCGAAAUAAAAACACUGAAAAAUUAACUAUCUAAGAUACCGGAUCUACGUUGUCAUAAAUUUUCUAUAGAAUACAGUUGUAUCAUUAAAGAAAAUUCAUAGUUUAAUCAUGAGUGGCAUUUAGUUUCGUUAGUAGCCAUGUCACGUAUUCAGGGAACCUGAAACUUGAAACGGCCUCAUAAGCGAACUAUUGAAAGUUGAAGAAGUUUCUUAUUUCAGAGGCCCCGAAUUUUCACCAUCCCUCAAAGUAAAUAAAGAAAAAUGUAUAAAAGAAGAAGAAAGUAUAAGGAAGACAACAUGGUACACUAACUCGGUACCAGUGAUUUAUAACUAUUUAAAUUUAUGUAUUAUAGGUCUUUUAAUAUGGGGACUACUGUGGUGUUCAUGUGGAAACUCAUGGAGCUGGGACGGUCAAUGGUUCAGAUUAGCUGCGGUGGCUAUCACAGCAUGGGCGAGCGGUGAAAUUCUGCAGACACUCACUACACUACCACCAUUACUUGCAGCGUUACUAACAGGAAUCCUGGCAAGAAAUAUUGGUUUUCUAGAUAUGAACCAAUAUACAGAUAUAGAUGCAUUUUUAAGAAAAAUAUACCCUGUUAUAAUUUUGGGAAAGGCGUCCCUUGGCUGGGAUCUUAAUUUCAUGAAGACGAACUGGCGAAGACUUGCGACUCUUGGUACACUACCCUGGCUGGCUGAGGUGCUCGUGCUGGCUUUUUGUGUUCAUCUCUAUCUCGGAUUCCCUUUGAUUUGGGGUUUCCUUCUCGGUUCGGUAUACGCAUCAGUGUCAUGCGCUGUGGUGAUGCCCGCGGUGACACGCAUCAGCGCGGCCGCCGGCUGCACACGGAACUGGUCACAGCUGGUGUGCACCGCCGGCGGGACAGACACCGCGCUCAGUGUUGGUGUCUACGGGCUCAUCUACAGCUUUAUAUUUUACGACACCGAUGACACUUACAGAUAUACCAAAGCUGGACUUACGCUUUUUGCCGGCGUCGCUCUCGGAAUCAUCAUGGGCACCGUGGCCGGAGUUCUCCCCAACUCCCGCGACUUCUAUGUAACCGAAUUGCGAAUAAUAAUGGUGGUAGCUGGCGGACUACUCGCCAAUAUGCUGACGUCAUUAUUUGGAUGGGGUGGCGUUGGUGGAGUAGCAGUGCUAGUGUGUAACGCUACAGCAGCUUCAUUCUGGUUAAAAGAUGGAUGGAAGUUGAAUAACAAUCCUGCUUCUACUGCCUACCGUGUCAUGUGGUCUACGCUAGAGCCUAUGGUGUUCGCUUACUCAGGCACUUUUUUUGAGAUCAACAGCAACUUAGCAACCGUAUUGAUACCGGGGUUUGGUAUAUUAGCUGUGUGCUUGUUCGUUCGACUGCUCGUCACUUGCAUUACGUGCUGGGACUUCACUAUACGAGAGAAAAUUUUCAUCUGUUGCACUUGGAUACCAAAAUCCAUAGUUGUGGCAGUACUUUGCCCGCUGGUAAUAGACACCGUCGUCACAUCCAAUCGCGGUAGCACAGAGAAACAAUACGCCGAGAACAUAAUGCGUCUGUUGAUACAGCUAAUACUCAUCACGACACCUCUAGGAUUCCUGCUCACCAAUCACCUUGGACCUUUGCUUUUGCGAAAUCGUGAAAAGGACUCUGAGAAACCUGAUUGGGCCUCUCCAAGAGACAAGUCGAUAAAUAGAUCUCAAAAUGAAGAAAGACCAUGAAGUGCCAUUGCCAAUUACGUGAUAGCUAGUCUAUUAUAUUGUCGAUUAUUUAACUUUUAUACAAAUUGACUUAGAAAUAAAACUUUAGCUAAUUGAAGAAAUGCCAAAUUUUAUUACUUACUCAAAUUUAAGUUCAGGUUUCAAUGUUUUCUUUCGUCAUUUUAUGCAAGAUAUUUUCUUAAUUAACGUUUAUAAUACCUUCCUUUUUGUAAUACUUAGAAAUAUUUGAAUUUUAUCAUUGAUAUUAUAGCUAAGAAUACAUUUAUAGGUACUUAUUAAAUUAAUAUAAUUAAGAAAGGCAUUAGUGAAAGUCUAGACUUUGACCAACAAUAAAUCAUUUUCUAAUC